AUGAAGAGGGAUAAUCAGAGCAGUGUGUCUGAGUUCCUCCUCCUGGGGCUCCCCAUCCAGCCAGAGCAGCAGGGCAUAUACUACACUCUUUUCCUGAUCAUAUACCUGACCACGGUGCUAGGGAACCUGCUCAUCAUCCUGCUCAUCAGGCUGGACUCUCACCUCCACACCCCCAUGUACUUUUUCCUCAGCCACUUGGCCUUCACUGACAUCUCUUUCUCAUCAGUCACAGCUCCAAAGAUGCUCAUGAAUAUGGAGAUACAGAGUCAAUCCAUCUCAUAUGGUGGAUGCAUUUCCUAGGUGUAUUUCUUCUUAUUGGGGGGGGAUCUUGAUAGCUUCCUUCUCACAUCAAUGGCCUAUGACAGGUACGUGGCCAUCUGUCACCCCCUCCACUAUACCACCAUCAUGAGUCAGAGCCUGUGUUUCCUGCUAUUAAUUGUGUCCUGGGUCCUAUCCUGUGCUAGUGCCCUUUUGCAUACCCUCCUCCUGGCUCGUCUCUCUUUCCAUGGAGACAACACUCUCCCCCACUUCUUCUGUGACCUUUCUGCCUUGCUUAAGCUCUCCAGCUCAGAUACCACAGUCAAUGAUCUGGUUAUCAUCACUGUAGGGGGGGUCAUCAUUACCCUGCCAUUCAUAUGCAUCCUGGUCUCUUAUGGCCGCAUUGGGGCCACUAUCCUGAGGGUCCCCUCGACCAAAGGAACCUGCAAAGCUUUGUCUACUUGUGGCUCUCACCUCUCUGUUGUGUCUCUGUACUAUGGGGCAAUUAUUGGACUGUACUUCUUCCCCUCAUCCAAUAACUCCAAUGACAAGGAUGUCAUUGUGGCCGUAUUGUACACUCUGGUCACUCCCAUGCUAAAUCCCUUUAUCUACAGUCUGAGGAAUCGGGAUAUGAAAGGAGCUCUGGGACAUCUACUCAGUAGAGAAAUAUUUUCACCAUGUUGA